UGACGACUACGUGGUACAGGAUCUUCUUCCAUUUUUUUUCUCCUUCCUUCCUCCCCUCCCCUCGAGUUGUCCCCUCACACGACUUCUCUUCCUCCUGACUUGGGUUCCGCGGAUUCUGGCAAGCUCGCUUGACGAUACAUCAUCGAACGGCGUCGGCCCCUACGCGUCGGAGCACCUCCUUUCCGAACUGUGGAGAAGAACAUCAUGGCUGCGUUGGUACAGACAAUUCCUCAGCAAGGUGGCACGGUUCCUGUGCUUCAGACUCGCCCUUCCUCCUCAUCGGGCACCUUUACUCCCUCUCAGCCCUCCCAACAGCAGAACCCGCGGAAUCCUGCCGUGCCCUGGAAUACCUACAACUCGAUGGGCAACUCAGGCAGUUAUCGGGCAGGCCACCCGGUCGUGGCCCCCUACGCCUUCACCAGCACCCCAAACGUCCCCAACUCCACCAACUCUCAAAACCGUCAAUCCUGGUCCCCUCAUCUGAGGCCCGAACACCGCACCUCCUCUGCCCCGUCCGCCCCUCAAGUGUCGUUCGGUCCUGGUCCCGGCGGAGUCAACCCGCGAUUAGCCAACCAUCCUGCAGCUGGUUCUGUAUCGACCUCCUCAAACUCCUCCGUCCAGUCGUACGUCUCGAAAGACGACACGGCGAUUCCGUCUAAGCAGCAUCAAGCUGAACCGCCUCUCCGCCCCCUGUCGACCGCCAACCUUCCCUCUCCUCCCGCCUUUAUGAACAUAUCUUCUCCGACCGUAUCUCGCCCCUCUCCAGAUCGCUACCGCCGUGGGAAUCGACGACCAGACAGUCUGGCGACCCCUCCUGCCACGACAUCGACGAGUAAUCCACCGUCGGCUCGUGGGACCGUUGACGAUCAACUGUUACCACCAAGUGCCUCUGGACCUAAACCCUCAGGCCAUAAUCGAGUGUCCAGUGCGGACGACACCCUCCGACGGGAAAAGUCGCAGCCAGAACUAGCCAAGAGAUAUCGGCGUCGGAGCUGGGGAAAUAUAGAUAAUGCUGGACUCAUUAACCUACAGCUCCAUUUGCCGACGUCGUCUCCGAUCCCGACCACCGGGGGUCAAGACUACUUCGACCGGCCACGGUCGGCUCAGUCGCACCGUGAUGUCACAGGAAGCACCCCCUCCGCCAAUUCGUCCAGCUCUUCGGUGCCAGAGGCGAGCCAACCGGAUACGGCGUCGUCGUCCAACAAGGCCACUCCCAAGGUGGAGGAGCCGAAGCGGACGACCAAACCGUCGCCGUUGUCCCAACCAGUGUCAUCGGAUCCUCCUCCUCCAGAGUCAACGCCUGCCCCGCCCCAAAGCAGGGGAAGACCGGAGAGCAUUGCAGCCCAACGCCUCACCGAUCUCAAGAAUGAGCCGAACCGGCCGGGGAAAUCUCGGCUGCGAAGGGCUUUCUCUUUUGGGAGUGCGUCGGAGCUCUUGAAAGCGUCGCAGCAGAGCAGCGUCAGUAAGCGGGAGGCCAUCGCGGUGGAGAAGGCCCGCCGGGACCUUCUUCAGGAGGAGUUGGGACCGGAACAGGCGGCGAUCGCUGAGCAGCAAGAAGCUGGUGGCUUGGGUGAAAGUAUCUAUUCUCACCAUCAAGGCCGGUUUUUCAACAGCUCUACGGACAACCUCUCUGUGUCUUCGACGGCAUCGUCGGCUUCCAUAAUGCUCCGAAAGAUGGGCAAGGGAGUGAAGCGGUCUGGGCGGUCCCUCGUGGGCUUAUUCCGCCCCAAGUCCGUGAUGAGCACUGCUUCGAAUGACGGACCUCUUGAGGCGAUGGCCCCUCAGCUGUCCGUGGUUAACGUCGAGGCAGACCGGCAGAAUGGAACUGGCAUCCCUGAUCCACCAGAGCCCCCUCGCGCUGGCAAUGGGUUCGCCAAGAUUGAACAAAUCGGCGCCGAUACCUCAGCACACGAUGGUGACGCAGUGGACAAGUCCCAAUCACGCAAGAGCAUCGUCGGGGGCGAUAGGGAGCGAGCCGAAGUUCUUGCCGCGGUUCGGAAGGGUAUCCUCAAAAAAACCUACUCCGAGCCGGCGAUCCCCACCAUCAAUCAGGGCACCGAGUCCCCGCACUCUAGUGCCCCCAGCACUCCUGAGGACCAGGCUCGGUCCGGGAAACGUGCCGACGCGGUCAAGAUUGCUGGUGUUGAUGACUACCUGUCGGACGGUCGACUCGUCAGCGAAAGCAAGAGUGCCCCGGUCUCCCCGAACGCGAUGAUGUCCAAGAGCCUUAUCUUCAGCCCACGGAUACAGUUCCACGAUACCUGGCCCAGUGGAGAAUAUGAUCGACGGGGAGACAUCGCGACGUGCAACCGUUUGACUCCGCUGCUUGCUCAGCAGAUUAAGGAGGAGCUGAACAACUUCAAGAUGGAGAUGGAAGUUCACGAGACGUCGAAGGUCUAUACCCACUUUCUUUAAUCGUUGCAUUUCGAACGGCGUUACGCUCUGUCACCUGUGUCUUUUAAUUCUCGGACGGCUGUUGGAUUGUGGACGGUGUGAUAUGCGGCCUUGGUGUCUUGAAUCUGUAGACUUUUUUCUUUCUC